AAACUCCCCUCGUCUUGUGCCUCUGGGCGCUGACGCAGCUGUCCAGCGUCCUUGGGCCCCGUCGCCAGCAGUCGCGCAGGUCGCGGCACCGCCGUCGCCGUGCGCCAUGGUCGCGUCCCCUGUGCCCCUGGGCGCUGCCGCUGCCCGCGCCGCGACUCCUUCGGGAAACGAGGAGCUGCCGCAGCACAGGGCCUGCUCCGCGGCCGCCUCGCGCCGCGGUGCCUCCACCGCCGGCAGGCGGGCGCAGCGCCCCAGGGCGCGAUCGGCUGGCCGCUGGCGGCUGCCGCAGGACCGCUGCGGGGCGCGCGCGUGCGAGGUGGGCUGCCCGCCAGAGGGCCAGCGCUCCGCCGAUCAGAGCGCCGAGGGGCGGCCCUCUGCGGCGGCCGCUGCUCAGGACGCCGCGGCCAGGGCGGCGCUGGCGGUGCUGGAGCGGAUCCGCCUGCGCGCGGCAGGUGGCGAGGCUGCCCUGCCAGACCCCGCCACCGCGGCGCCGGGCGAGCCUGCCACGCCGGCGCCGGUGAGCGCGCCGCCCGCGCCGCGGCCAGGCCGGCGGGUGCAGUUCGACCUGGAGCGCGUCGUGGAGCACGAGGUGGUGCCGUACUGCGAGGUCUACGGCCUGCACCCGCGGGAGUUCGUCUUCGACAGGCGCUUCAACAUGGUGCCCGCCGGUGACCGGUUCGGCUUCGUCGGCCUUCCCGGGGGCGACGACAGCGACGAGGACCAGAGCAGCAGCGACGACGACGAUGCGGCGCCCAGCGAGGCGGAGGGGCCGAGAGGCCGUGCGGCGGAGGCUGCGGCGCGCCCGAGAGGGGCGCCGUCGGCCAGGACGGAGGGCCGUGAGGAGGCGAGAGCGCGGUGACGCGCCGCGGGGCGUGAGGCCUCGAGGCCGAAGCGCCGCGGGAGCACAGCUCGAAGAACAAGCGUCGGCACGAGCUUUCGCUGAUGUGCGAGCCUCGGGAGGCUUGUCGGAAGACUCGUCGCUCGUGGCUGGAAGACGCAGCACAUGCCUGGCGCGCUCCGCGCGCCGUGGAGGGGUGGGCCCAGCGCCGCUCCGAGAAGUCCGUGCGGACCUCUGGAAGGUGACGCUUGUCCCGCGCGGACGGACAGACCUGCGGCGCGGCAGGGCGCACCACGAGCCGAUGACGACCCUCACUCCUAGACCAUAGGUGCACUGCGACAGGGAAUUCGUCGAGGGCGGACAGAACCCUCACCCUGACACGUCGACUAAUGAAUUCUCCGUUUUCGAUGCUCGAGGGGGCGCCGCGGCCGCCAUUUUCCAGGCUUGAGCCCGCCAGGUUUUGGCCCGAGGUCGUUUUCACCAAGCCACGUUUUGCUGAAGGGGGUUCUGUCCGUCCUCGAAUUCGAUAGUUGGCCGCGCCGACCUGGCUAGAGGCUGGUGGAGAUGACAGGCCCCCACCUUUGUCUCGUCGUGACAAGAUCACGACGGGCGGUCAUUGGCAGUCGGCGUCGGGGGGCCCUCACCGGCACCGGGAUCACCAAACGAUCUGGAUCUAGUGUCCGUGAAGCCCACUGCGCCGACGGCUCUGAGACCACCAGGAUCACAGCUGUGAUGUUCACGAGAAGAGGAUGAUGGGGUGUCUUCUGUCAGGUCCAUUGCAUGCCUCGUCAAGGGCGUUGUGCCUUUUAGCUGCAGCUGUCCUCUUGAAACUGCGCUGCGGACCUCUCUUUCUAUCCUCCUCACCGCUUCCCCUUCUUGGUCUACCUUCUUCCUCCCUCUUCCAUUGUGGCCCUUCAGCCCUUAGCUACAGGUACCCCUGGCUUUCCAACCUCCCCGAUGGUGGUUGGACCUGGCCGCGGAAAUCUACGACGCGUCCUGCCCCUCAGCACCUGCUUCGCUGGACUGCGCGGAGUCCUUUCUAAUGCACAAUAUCGUGUAUUGUGGUCGCUGCAGGGGUGCAGGCUCGAACAAAAA